UGUAAAAUCUGUCUCUCCUACCUGUUGAAUCAUCAUGGAUCCAUCACCCAAGGGGAUGGAAGAGGGCAAGGUCCCGCUGGACUUCUAUGAGGAACCAAAGGCUCUCCAAGGCGAGGUGGAAGGAUUUGACAGUGGUGAAACACAUCGCGGACUGAGCUCGCGUCAUAUUCAAUUCCUUGCUUUAGGUGGUUGUAUUGGCACAGGCUUGUUCGUUGGAAGUGGAUCGACAUUAUCGACGGUUGGACCAGCACCCCUACUCAUGGGAUACAUUGUCAUGUCAAGUGUUGUCUACUUCGUCAUGAACAUGCUGGGUGAAAUGACAACUUAUCUGCCUGUGCGCGGUGUCUCGGUGCCGUACCUGAUCAACCGGUUCACUGAGCCAAGUCUAGGAUUUGCUGUUGGAUAUAACUAUUGGUACUCAUUCUCCAUGUUGAUAGCGUCGGAAGUCACAGCAGCGGGACUUGUCAUAGAAUAUUGGCAAAUCGAUGUUAGUGUUGGUGUAUGGAUCGCAAUCAUCCUCUUGGUCAUCCUCCUUCUAAACAUUGUCGCCGUUUCCUGGUACGGUGAAGCUGAGUUUUGGUUUGCAUCAUUGAAAAUCAUCGCCAUUAUUGGCCUCAUUAUCCUUGGCGUCGUUCUUUUCUUCGGUGGUGGCCCUAACCAUGACCGACUUGGAUUCAGAUACUGGCAGAAUCCAGGUGCAUUCAAGGAGCCAUACUUGGUAUCGAAUGUGAGCACUGGCCGUUUUCUGGCAUUCUGGACCGCUCUUAUCAAGUCUGGAUUUUCCUUUAUCUUCUCCCCCGAAUUGAUCACCACUGCCGCGGGCGAGGCUGUCGCACCACGUCGCAACAUCCCUAAGGCCACCAAUCGCUUCAUCUACCGUCUGUUUGCCUUUUACGUCCUCGGAAGCCUGGUGAUUGGAGUGACAGUUGCAUACAACGAUAAGAGCCUCCUUCAGGGAGUCGCCAGUGGUUCAUCGGGUGCUGGCGCCAGUCCAUUUGUGAUUGGCAUCCAGAAUGCUGGAAUCAGUGGCCUCAAUCAUGUCAUCAACGCGGCCAUCCUGAUUUCUGCUUGGUCUUCCGGCAAUUCCUGGGUCUAUGCAGGCUCACGAACUCUCUACUCACUUGCCUGCCAAGGCCAAGCGCCCCAGUUUUUCACUCGCUGCAGCAAGAAUGGUGUGCCUUACGCUGCGGUGCUGGUGACCUGGUCUAUUGGACUCCUCGCCUUUUUGAACCUAUCUAGCUCAGGAUCUGAUGUGUUUUAUUGGUUCACCAACAUCACUACGGUCGGAGGCUUCAUUUCUUGGGUUCUUGUUGGCAUAGCCUAUCUGCGCUUCCGCCGGGCUCUUGAUUGCCAUGGAAUGCUCGAGUCACGGCCAUUUAAGACGCCAUUCCAACCCUAUGGCACUUACUAUGCCUUAGUGGUUGUGUCCUUGUUGGCAAUCACCAACGGGUACACUAUUUUCUUCCCAGGUUCCUUUACGGCUUCCGGUUUCCUGGUGUCUUACAUUGUUUUCGUCAUAUUUUUCGCUUUGUACUUCGGGCAUAAGCUCUGGUACCGGACUCCCUGGAUGGUUCCGGCUGCCGAUGUUGAUAUCUUCUCUGGUAAAGAGGAGAUUGAUCGGAUGUGUGAGCUAGAUGUGGAGAAGCAACCUCGCAAUUGGUUGGAGCGUGUCUGGUGGUGGAUUGCAUAGGUAA